UAUGGUAACCCGCCAGGUUUCUGAGGCUCUGUGAGAGGAGCUCUGGAGAACUGGCUUUCCUGGUCUUGCUGUAAUUUCUCUGGUCCUGGCCCCGACAUUGUCACAGCCUUCCACCUCUGCUGCGGAGCUCCUUCAUCCCAGGGAGUUUAUGUCAAACCAGGCAAACGCUGUUAUGAAGACUACUGACUGCUGUUUGCAGCUUCAGCGUGGCUCCAGCAGACUUUUGCAUUCAGUGGCUGUGUCAGAAGGGUCAGGCCUUCGAGAUUGUUCUACACAUCAAAGAGCAUCAGAUCACGGCCAGGAAGAAUCAUCAAACCCAGAUAGCUGCAGAUCCAAGAGUAAAAGCAAUUCUUGUUUUAUGUCGCCAUCCAAGAGAAACAGACCUGUCAGUGUGCCAGCGGGUCAGCCAAGAUCAUCAGAGUCCUCUCUAAAAUUAAAGUCACCCCAUAAUUGCCAAGGAUUGUCUCAGAGAUAUGAACUUCAACCAAGAGUCAUUAAGGUGACAGCGUACAAAAAUGGAUCUGGAACAGCCUUUGCCAAAGUUACUGCACCAACCAUCGCCUUGUUGCUGGAAACAUGCACACACAAGCUGAAUCUGAACACAGCCGCACGACGAGUGUUCCUGGCAGACGGCAAGGAAGCCCUCAAACCUGAAGAUAUACCCCAUGAAGCCAACGUUUAUGUUUCAACAGGAGAGCCCUUUGUAGAUCCGUUCAAAAAAAUUAGAGACCAUCUGUUGUUAACGAAGAAAGUGACUUGGACAAUGCAUGGGUUGAUGCGUCCCACUGAUGUCAAAAGACAGAAAACCAAGCCCGUACUUUCCAGAAGGAUGAAGACACUUGCUCAGAAGACCUCAAUACGAAUUCUAGUCUUUAAGAAUGGCCUGGGGCAGGAUGGACAUGAGAUUACAGUGGGAAAGGAAACAAUGAGAAAGGUUUUAGAUGCCUGCACAAUAAAGAUGAAUCUAGGCUCACAGGCCAGAUAUAUUUAUGAUAUGAAUGGUAGAAAAAUUGAAGAUAUUUCAAAAGUUCCUCUGCUUGAAAAAUGCCUGCAAAAUUCCAUCACACCUUUGCGGGGACCACUUUGGGUCUCUAAGGGAGAAGGUUUCAGCCCUUCGGGUGCUAAGAUGUACAUCCAAGGAGUUCUUGGGGCCUUGUAUCAACGAUUAAAGUCUGCAAAAAAUUAUUACAAGCAGUUGAACUUGAUGGUGAAUGAUCAGAAAUCGAAAAUCACAGACAAGGCCAUUCUUUCGAUGACACCAGAGGAAUACCAGAAAUCACAAGAAGAUGUGAGCAUGCUGAUUGAUGAAUUGCAGACAGCUAUCAAAAGCAACAGAGGUCACCUCGCUAAGCUUGGCCCCCAAUUACAGGCUGAGCAGGAGCAGUUCUCCUCUUAUGUCUGCCAACACAUUAGGAGCCUUCCAGCAAACACCAUGUUCCCAGGAGGUCUGCAGCUCAAGGUAUUUGAAAAUGGUAAAGACACUGGAGAGAUCUCUGUUUACAUCAGUAAAAAAGAUUUAACAUCUGAUAGCCCGACUCACCAUGACAAAACAAUGCAAAGAUUACUUCUCAGAAUCCAUCAACGGCUCCAAGGUUCCUCCGUCAAUUCACAAGGCCUCCACUUUUCUUCAGCCCGGAUUUUUGAUGAGCAUGGUCAAGAGAUUAAGAGUCCACUGCAGCUGAAGAAUGGGCAAAAAAUUUGGCUUUCUUAUGGGAAAGCAUACAGAUCUCCACUAAAUCCCGUUUUGGCUCUGACCUUUGACCGAGUGACUGCUUUUGCCAGAGAUGGUAUCACUGUUGUCUAUAAGACCCUCAUGGAUGCUGAUGCUGCUCCGCUAUUUGGAUGUGAUGAUUGGGAAGUUUGUGAAGGAUUUCCAGUGAACAUUGGCUGCACCAGUCAACAGAUCCCUGAUUGCUUUGAAAAGGUGGCCUUGGAGAGCCAUUUCCUACAGAACAAGGUGGAUCCCAAUAUUGUUCUUUAUGCCUCUGUAUCCAUCAGAAAGCACAAUUCCUCAAGGAGGGAAGUGAACAGCAGGAACCAGAAAGUGUCCUGGCCUGCAGCCAGUGUGUGGCUGAUCACCAAGACUGGGAUGAUCCUGAGCAGAGCGAUAACUCAAGGCUGCCUGGCUGCUGGUCAUCCAGUCAGAGUCGAGAGCACCCAGGGGACAUCACUGGAAGGCUAUAAAUUACUGCUACAGAGAAGACAUGAAGGAGAUGAGACCCAGAAGUGGAUGUUUGGAACAGAUGGCUGUAUUUAUUCUAAGGCUUAUCCUCAGUUUGUCCUCACUUACCUGGAGGAUCUCACUGCUCCAGUGGAUGUGAGCCAAACAGAGGACCAUAUUCACCACGGAGCCUGGACGACAGCUCAUCAAGAACACGGCAAACCCUGUGUGGAAGAGGAUUUGCAAAACCACACCAACAGUCCUUUGCUGAAGCUGCUUUCAGAACCCUCGGAUGCUCAGGAUGUGCCACAAGGAUCUCUGGAGGGGACAGGACAGCUGGCAGUGGUACUGCUGAGGAAACUGGAAAGGAAACAUCCCAAGGCUCCUGCUCAGAGGUGGGCCAUAAAACAUAAAGGGAUCAGGAAGCCCGACCAAUGGAAACACUCCAAAGUUGAGAAUCCUCUGUGGAACAAGCUCACAUACAUGUGGCCAGUCCUUCCCAGUGGCCAGCUUAAUGAGGCGUUUGACUGGCCAAUAGAAGGUCUGUUGGUGCCGAAGAGCCCUCCCAUGAAGAGGCUGGUUUGUAAGAAAACAGGGCAGUAUGGCCCUGUGAGACUCCGAAUUCUCAGGAAUGGAGAUAAGAAAAAGAGCAGACCCCUUGUUAUUGGCCCAGACAUCUCACUGGGGUGGAAAUCACCAAAUGUUAAAGAUGAAAGGAAGGAGAAAAGCCAUGCUUCAAACUAUUCUGAAACAGAAAGAAACCAGAUUAAAUUUCACCACCUUUUGGAGAGGUGCACUGAAAUUUUAAAUUUGCCUUCUGCUGCUCGGAGACUUUUCAAUGAAAAAGGGAAGGAAAUUUUUUCCCUGAAUGACCUGCAGAGAGAUGAACUGGUAUAUGUUUCAUGUGGAGAACACUGGAUUAGUCCUGACCUCUCCAUUGCUCAACAAAGGAAACAAGUCUUCCUCAGGAGCCUUGAGUCUGACGUUUCCAAGAUUAAAACCUUUUGCAGCAUGUGCAAGGUGGAAGCUCUUGUUUUAGAAGUCCAAAGUGAGCUUGUGUCUGGGGGUAAGCUUGCUGUGCGUCAGCCUGUAGUCAUUUUGGAAGAAGAGAAGCAAGUGAAAGGACCAGAGGGAACUCAGAUACAAAAUGAUGCUUUAACACCAGGAGAUGCUUCCAGAGACACUCUCGAUUCACAUGCAAGAGCCCAUCUCCGCAUGGAAGCCUGCUGCAGGAUGUUCAAGUAUGCUUGGCAGGACCCUUCGUAUAACCCUGAUGAUGAUGACAGCCUUCCAAAGAAAAUGGAGAAACAGGUCUUUGAAAAUGUGCAGCCCCAGAAGAAAUACAGCCACUUCCCAAAGCACAAUAAAUUGCAGAAGCUACGUCAUCAGGAGUUUGAAUACAGAGAUGGGCAAAUCAUUAGCCUUGCUGCUCCUCAGCUGGUUCUGGGUAUACAAGGCUCCAAACCCCGGUCAGGCACAGAGGUUGUUUUGGUAGAGAAGAAAUCUGAUGCCGGUCACCAAUGCUGGACACAUAAGGAAGAAAGCAGGACCUUUCACCUGGUGAGUAACCCUGACCUAGUGCUGGCAGUGUCUAUGAUGAAGGCUCAAAAUGAAGCCCAUGGCUAUCCAGUUAUCAUUCAGAAAUACAAGCCAUACAGCAAUGGGGCUGCUAAUCAAAAGUGGCACUACCUGGAAAAUAAGAGAACAUUGAUAGCCUUUCACAGCACUGCCCUGGAUAAGGAAAUCACAGCAGCGAAUUCCUCUGGCCUUUGCACGUCAUCUGUCACUAAAGAAAACAUUGAUCAACCUGCUAAUUUAUCUUCUUAUGAAGCUGAAAAUACUCUAAGAUAUUAUGAAGAACGUCUGUCAUCUUUGUGGAUGAAGACACACUCAGGCACUGCAUCUCACAGUGGUGUGGUAGCUUCAUAUCAACGGGCAUUGAAAAUCAUUGCAUACAAAAAUGGGGAUGGAUAUCAGAAUGGGAAGUUAAUCGUAGCUGGAACAUUCCAUGGGCUUCUUGCAGAAUGCACACAACGAUUUGGACUCACUAGAGCAGUCUCCAAAGUCUACACCAGAGAUGGAAGCAGCAUUGUCACCCUGCGUGGCUUGGUUCUGUGGGCUGUUGGUGAAGCCCUUACCCAGAGAGUCCCCAAGGAGCAAGAGAGAAGCACAGACUCUGUUGGGACAGAAGAGGUAGCUGUUCAAGAUGCAGAAGAAAACUCAAGAAUAAAAAUGCAAAACAGACUGGAUUGUUUGGAGGGAAUAGAUAAAUCUUUGCUUGCUCAGAUCCUCAAAAGUCCUAUUGCCAUUUGGGUGUCUUGUGGUGAGCCAUUUCUGCCUCUAAAUGCUGCACAGAAAUCAGAAAAAUUAAAGAAACAAAACUGGCUAAAGAGGGACCAAAUUUUGGCUGAUUUAGACACCAUGAGACACAAGAUGCGACAGUUGAAAGGACGGCGAGUAACAGCACGUCAGCCAGCCACCAUGGUUCCCACCCAAAGCCCUCUGCAGCCAGUGGUGGUUGAAGGAGGCUGGACUGAGCCAACUGAAGAGGAAAUGAAGCUCAUGGAACUUAUAAGGCAGACAGAGGCACAUCUUUCUGAAGGCCAAGAACUACAGUCCAGACGCUCUCUGACUGCAACUCAAUGUAAAGUAACCCAGCAGCACAGCCUGUACCAGGGUCCCCAAGUGAAACGAGUGUGGGCUUACCAGAACGGAGGCAGACCUGAUGAUGGCACUUAUGCCUGGGCCAGCACGAUUUCAGAGUUGCUGGAUGAUUGCACUGCUCGUCUGAAAAUGUCCCACCCAGCCAAAACCCUGUACACCUCAAAUGGAGAGCUCAUUCAGUCAUGGGACAACAUAGAGCGAGACAUGACUGUCUGUGUGUCUGUAAGACAUGGCUUUAGGACCUCAAAAGAAAAAAAGCAAUUGGUGGACGUCAAAGCAAAUUAUGCCAGAAUCCGACGGCAGCAGGGCCCGGAAGCAACAGACAUUGUGGUGUCACCGUCCAUGAAGCUGCUGUCUCUCAUGGAGCUACACAACUGACUUCAGCCAAACCUCAUACAUGUGCUGUAUUUUAUGGGUAUAACUAUGUGUAUGUUCUCAUAUGCUAGUUAUGACAUGAUAAUUCUUUAUUCCUUUUGACUUGUACACAGUCUCUCUUUUAUUCCCACCCUCAGCACUGAGAUUUGAACCUAGUUGUUGAACAUACACUUGAACAGCAUGCCACUGAGCUAUGCCUCCAGCUCCCUCAGACAACCUCUUUUAAAGGUUAUUAGUGUCGGGCGGUGGUGGCGCACACCUUUAGUCCCAGCACUUGGAAGGCAGA